UGACGUUUUGUUCUGCGGGACUUUGUAAACUAUCUCCGUGUUGCCAGCGCUAGAUAAAUAAUUUCUAAAGUGUGCUACAACAAUUAUUAUUUAUUUUAUUUGGAAUGAUUAAAUAGAUUUUGGUACAAAAAAAAAAAGAAAAUUUACUAUUUAAAGAUGUAAGAAACAAAAAUAAACGAAAUUUAUAGUUUAUCGAAAGUAAAAAUAAAUUAAAUUUUGAACUCUAAUCAAUCGUUUAGUAGAAAUCCAUCACACAACAAUCAUAAACUUUAAUUCUUAGGCUUUUGGCAACAAUUCUUAUUGUUAUUUGUGAUUUUUCUAUUUCUAACUGGGCUUUUAAUUCCUUCUAUAAAUUUUUUUUUAUUUCAAAAUAUAAUUUAGUAGUUUUUUAAGUGAACAGAUACAAAUAUUUUGUAGACACUUUUAGUGUUUUAACUUGGAAGUUCUGUUGUUACUUUUCCAUUGAUAACGAUAGAAAGACCAGCUUGGAAGUGCCGGCUAGGUGAUUGGUCCCCUCUAAGUUCAAUUGAAUUAUCCAACAUGGCUGCAUCUGUGCUCUUCGCUUGCGGCCUGAAUGAGCAAAAACUGCCAAAAUUCGUCCACAUCAGCGAAGAGUCGAACUGCGACGGCAGCUUCCUCUUCAGUUGCAUACUCGGCCAACGGCUGCGUAUCUCCAACGCCGGCACGGUGCUGGUAUGUCUGCAGCACAAUUAUCAGCAUUACUUCCAUGCCGGCAUGCGGCUCGGUUACAAUGUGAAUAUUUUCCUUGACAAAACGCUGAAUGUUGUGGAUCCACUAACGGAUAUGGCGAAAAAGGGUAUGGCCAGCAAGUGGCUGCAGGAUGAACGUCUCGUAACAACGCUACUGCUCGAUGGCAUACGCAAUCACAUCAGCACCAGCGCCGCACAACGCAUCAGCACAACGAUUUUGGUUGAUAAUUUGGCGAUUUUAUUGAAUUUGGGCGCCACCAAGGAGGAGAUAAUCCAGCUGUGUCAUAAGUUGGCCGAAUUGCCGAAGCAAUAUAAGAAUUUGGCGGUGAUCACGAAGUUGAGUAAUUGCGACUUAUAUGCGCCGAUCGAUAACAACGUGGCGAAGUUGGGCACGUUGCGCAUACGUGCGUCGCAGCUGAAGAGUGGCGUGUCACGUGACGUGGAUGGUAAACUGCUAAUCGAGCGUGAGUUGGCCGCCAAUGAUGCAAAGAAAGAGGACGAAGAGCAGGAAGAGCAGGAAGCGCAGCAAAAUGGCAUCUAUGAACUUGAGCAAAUUCGCAAAGAAGUGCUGUACAAAGUAAACGACAGAAAUAUAAAAAUCAUUAAUCCUGGAGAAUUGGGUGUGAAAGUUUGAAAAAUACUUAAGAGCUCUAGAAGAAAUAUGCUGUAGAUGGUUCAAAUAUUAAAUUUUAAUUAAAUAUAUAUUUUUGAAUACGCAAUUUACUUACGAAUUUCGUUACAUAAUUGAAAAAAUAUAAUUUCUUGUAAAAAAUAA